AAAAGAUUUUCCUUGCAGUGAGUCAACCCCGCUAUAAAGCCUAGUGAACCCCACCACAGACAGCCCACCGUGGGGGCUUUUGUCACCAGCAUCUCGAAGACUCCAACACCUCUUUUCAGCAAGACCGUGUAUUUCUGGAAGACACCUGACUCCCCUCUCCAACAUGGCACUUCCGAGAGAUAUUGCGAGAGCUUCGGUGGAACGAGCAGUUUCAUACAGCGAGAGCGGCUCGCCCACAACCACCUUCCACUCGCCUCCUCCUUCGGCAAGUCAGGGCAGCUUCAUGGGGUCUCUUGCUCACAGGGCAGCCGCUGCGGCCAAGCAGCUCAAGCCAUUCAACACCGAGGACGUCAAGAUUUUGCUACUGGAGAACGUGAACCAAACGGGCCGAGAUAUCCUCACGGGUCAGGGUUACCAAGUCGAGUUUCUCAAGACGUCGUUGCCAGAAGACCAACUCAUCGAGAAGAUCAGGGACGUACAUGUCAUCGGCAUCCGGUCAAAGACAAAACUCACAGCAAAGGUGCUGCAAGAGGCCAAGAAUCUCCUCGUCAUCGGCUGCUUCUGCAUCGGGACCAACCAAGUCGACCUGGACUAUGCGGCAAAGCACGGCAUCGCUGUGUUCAACUCGCCCUUUGCCAACUCGCGCAGUGUCGCCGAGCUGGUCAUCGGCGAAAUCAUCUCGCUGGCCCGCCAAUUGGGCGACCGCUCGCUCGAGAUGCACCGCGGCACUUGGAACAAGGUGAGCUCCAAAUGCUGGGAGAUCCGCGGCAAGACGCUCGGCAUUGUGGGCUACGGCCACAUUGGCUCGCAGCUGUCGGUGCUCGCCGAGGCCAUGGGUAUGACGGUCAUUUACUACGACGUCCUCACCCUCAUGGCCAUCGGCACGUCGCGGCAGGUGCCGACCCUCGAGGAGCUCUUGGAAGAGGCCGACUUUGUCACGCUACACGUGCCCGAGACGCCCGAGACUAAGAACAUGAUUUCGACCAAGGAGUUCGAGCGCAUGAAGAAGGGCUCGUACCUCAUCAACGCCAGCCGCGGCACCGUCGUCGACAUUCCGGCGCUCAUCAGGGCGAUGCGCGCGGGCAGAAUCGCGGGUGCAGCGCUCGACGUGUACCCCAAUGAGCCGGCGGCCAACGGCGACUACUUUGUCAACGAGCUCAACUCGUGGGCCGAGGACCUGCGCGGGCUGAGCAACAUCAUCCUCACGCCGCACAUUGGCGGCAGUACGGAGGAGGCGCAGCGGGCGAUCGGCGUCGAGGUGGCCGAGGCCCUGGUGCGCUACAUCAACCAGGGCAUCACGCUGGGCAGCGUCAAUCUGCCCGAGGUGACGAUGCGCUCGCUGACGAUUAACGAGCCCAAAUCCGCGCGCGUCAUCUACAUCCACCGCAACGUGCCGGGGGUGCUGCGCAAGGUCAACGAAAUCCUAGCCGGGCACAACGUCGACAAGCAGACUUCGGACAGCAAGGGCGACGUUGCCUACCUGAUGGCCGACGUUAGUGGCGUCGAGCCCGAAGAUAUCAAGGACAUUCGCGACAGCCUCGACUCGCUCAGCUCGCGCAUCCUGACGCGGGUGCUCUACUAGACCGUUCUUCUCGUGGGUUGGUCACGAUGCUUAGGUUCAUGAACGGAGCAAACGGGGUAACAUCAUGAGCACCGAUGAGCUUAUGAUGAUGAUGAUGAUGAUGCUGGGUGUCUUGGAGUGGAUGGAAAGAAAGUUCAAUAUGGAGUGGGCUCAUCGAUUUAUCUUCAACAUGUUGUGAUCCGGCACGGGUUGGUCUAUGAAAAGCAAAUACAGGGUUAGAUGGCCAAACCAGGUUCAGCAAACAACGACCAUGAGGGAUAUGGUAAGCCUGGUACAUUUGCAUAUAAAAGGACAGUUUAAAAGAGUAUAACCAACAACAGAGUAUCAAUCGUAUUGUUUCGCGUAUUU